UUCCCAUACUUUAGAGAGAGAAAGAGAGAGAAGGGGAAGAAGAAACUUAAGAAAUCUAGGGCUGAAUCGAAGAGAGCAAGAGAGAUAGAGAUGGCAUGAAGGUAGCUGAGUUUGGGAGGAGAUGAGAAAUCAAACAUGCUGCUGCCAACCACCAAAAGCUAUGGUGGUUAGGACAUCAUGGACAACAAAGAACCCUGGAAGAAGAUUUGCCUCUUGCAUCAAUUAUAAGAAUGGGGGUUGUUCCUAUUUUGAUUGGGUAGACCCUCCCACUGAUUGGGUAGACCCACCCAUAUGUGCACAAUCAAAUAUGGUGAUCCCAAGACUUAUAAGAAGAAUAAGUAGACUUGAAGAUGAAAUUUCAGCAAUAAACACACCUGAAAUCUUGAGUGGACAACAUCAAAUGAGCCACAAUUCAUAUGGAGAUAAAGGAUGUGGUGAGAGUGUUGCAGAGAGUGUCUCUGUUGUUGAAGAAGAUGAAGAGCCUCAAUAUUUGAAGAGAAAAUGUGAUGGAUGGAUCUUUAUCAUAGCUAUGUUAUUUGUGUUUGUUGUAGUGAAAUGUUGGAUAUAAUUUGUUUGUGGAGUUAGGAUGUGAAAUUGAACCAACUUGGGUGAUGUUUAAUUUUGUUGAGUAGUUGGAUAGAAUGUUAGGUCAGUAACCUCUACUGUAUAAUUUUAAAUGGAAGAGAGUUGUUGUUUAUCAGGUGACACCAUUUGCAUAUGGAAUAU